AUGCCUGCCCAUAAUACCAAAUUUUUGGACAGGUCGUUUACUAUCCAAGCAGUACUAAAUGAAAAUAGAAAAGCUCGAACAACCUACGAACAAGAAAUACUGCAUGCAGGACCAAAAGAGUUUUAUUCCUGUAUAAGACAACAAGUAACAUCAAAAGUAAGCAUUCCUACUAUUUUACUAAACAAGCAAGGACAAACUGUGACGCAACCUCACAAAAUUGCCAGGGUAUUUGCGGAGCAAUUCGCGAGUGUUUUCCAGACAGAACCACAUGAUCAACUGCCUACAUUAGACCCGACACUUCGAGUAGAGGAUUCCAUUGAAGAAAUUCUGUUCACGCCAGACCAAGUCAACCGAGUCAUUUCAGAAAUGAAAACAGAUACAUCUCCGGGACCAGACGAUAUACCAGUAGCUAUAUUGAAGAAAUGCAACUUAUCUCACUAUUUAACAACAAUAAUGCAAACAUCGUACGAGACAAGCACCUUACCGGACUUAUGGAAAACAGCAUUGGUGACACCCAUAUUUAAAAACGGUAGCAAACUGGAACCAUCCAAUUACAGACCCAUCAGUUUGACCAGUGUGGUCUGCAAGGUUUUGGAGAAAAUUAUAGUCAAGCAUAUUAGAAACUUCCUCUCCAACUACAAAGUUAUCCCUAUACAGCAACAUUGUUUUUGUCCACAUCGUUCCACGAUUUCCAAUUUAUUAUUAUGCCUAUCAUCAUGGACCAAAUACUUUAAUGAGAGAGAGCCUAUUGACGUAAUUUAUCUUGACUACGAAAAGGCCUUCGAUAAAGUCCCUACGAGAGAACUCCUCCAGAAACUGGAAUGCGUAGGAAUACGUGGAAAACUACUGGCUUGA